CUCCUCACCUCAUGGACCAGACCCCGAGCCCGAAAUUGUGGAGGUCGAAGUGAUACCCGGAGAAGAUGAACCCGAAUCUAUAGACUCGAUCGCACGCAUCCUUGAGAUCGUACCCGACGUCGAUCCCGCGCACGCGGAGACGCUGAUCGCGCGGUAUACUGCCACGCACGCGAGCGAGCCGGAGCGCGUGGUCGAGUUGACGUUACACGCGUUACUCGAGGAUCCGGGAUACCCUAAAGCUCCGAAAGGGAAGGAUAAGGGGAAGGGGAGGGAGGUGGAUGUCGGCGGCGAGGCGAGUGGGAGUGGACAGGGCCCGGCCGCUGGGAAUGGCGGUGAUGAAGGCGAGGUGGACUAUAUGCAGAAGGAUAGGCCUGAGCAUCCGGGACCGCUGUAUCUUAUGCAUGCAGUCGAACAACUAGCUCUCGACUUCCCCCUCAUUCCCAAGCUUCACGUCCGCGGACGGCUCAACGAGAACAAAGGGUUCUACGUGCCCACAUACUACGUUCUCCUUGCCGACGAGACAUCCCCUACCCCUCCCUACACGCGCAAGCGCACCGCGUCAAAGCAGGCAAACAGACAGAAGCACGUCAACGAUGAGGCCUUCGAUCGCGAGCACGGCUGGCUCAUUGUCAAGCUCGACAAUGAGCGGGUGGCGAAGGACGCGGAGGAAGCAGAGCGGAUCGCGGACGAGGAAGCGAUCGCAGCUGGCGAGGGUGUCGAGUGCGGGUGCUGUUUUGCGGAAUAUCCCAUCCACAAAAUGGCUCAGUGCCCCGAAGCCCAUCUUUUCUGCACGAUCUGCCUCGGCUCGUACGCCUCAAACCUUCUGGGCGAGCAUAACCCCGCGCUCAGAUGUAUGGAUCAGUCGGGGUGCACCGCCCUCUUCUCGGAAGACACCCUCUCGUGCGUGCUGACGCCGAAGCUCAUGGAACUAUACCAUCGGGUCAAACAGCGCAAGGAAAUUGAAGCGGCGGGCCUGGAGGGGCUGGAAGAGUGCCCGUUCUGCGAGUACAAAUGCGUGAUCGAGAACCCGGAGGAGAAGCUAUUCAGGUGCGAGAGGAGGGAAUGUGGGGCGGUGAGCUGUCGGGGUUGUCAGAAACUUGAUCAUGUGCCAAGGAGCUGCAAAGAGAUGGAGGAAGACAAGCAUCUCAAUGCACGACACACCGUUGAAGAAGCUAUGACUGCAGCGCUAAUGCGCAAUUGUCCGAAGUGCAACAAAGCAUUCAUCAAGGAAAUGGGUUGCAACAAAAUGACAUGCCCAGACUGCCGGACAAUCUCGUGCUACACCUGCCGGGAGGUCAUACGCGGAUACGAUCACUUCAGUAAUGGCAAGAAAUGCAACCUCUGGGAUAGUCUAGACGGCACGGCUGGUCCUGAUCGGAGGCAUGAAGCAGAGGUCGCAGCCGCGCGAGAGAAGGCUCUCGAACAGUAUAGGAAGGACCAUCCGGAUGCCGAUGCGCACGAGCUGAAGGCGGUGGAGGUUCAGCUCGCGGUUCCUGGUGGGUCGAAGAAUGCAGGGAGAUCCGGGGUGCACCAGCGAGUGCCGCAGGCUGCGCAGGGAAUGCAGCAUGUGGGGCAGAGAAUACGGGAUGCUGAACACCUUAUGCAGGAGGCAAUGCAGCAGGCUGAACAACGACUGCAGCAGGCGGAGCAGCGCAUUCGACAGGCUAGACGGGAACGACAGCAGCAGCAACUCGUGCAGAACGCGGCGGGCGUCCCCAUGGUUGGGCUACGCCCAGAGUUCCUUCGGGGCGCGGGCGUAAAUAUGGAUUUCGGAGAGCUUGGGGCAGGCGGUGGUCUUAACUUCGGUAUGAACUGGGGCGCUGCCGUUCCACCACCUGUCGCGCCUCACCUACCGAUCUUCGACCACCCGUUCGCGCCACCGCCACCACCAAUGAAUGGUGCGGCUUACAUGGAGCGGCUUGGUAUUUUCCCCCCUGCUGGUGGUCAAGGGCUACGAGAUGGGCAGGCGCAUGCGCCUGCGCACGCGGUACACCGGAGGGGGCGGGGCAACCACAAUCGACGGAGGCAGAAUAGAUGAGCCCGUGGCCAUGUAAAGGUGCGAUGGCGAGGCAGAUAUACGUACUUGUGAGGCUUACACAGUUUUGGG